GAAUAAUAAAUAAUGUAAGAAUUAAAGUGUUUAACAUAAAUAAACCACGAUUAAAAUACUACAAAUAAUAUAAUAGAUGUAUAUGCAUAUUUUAUAUUAUCUGAAGAAUAAUUAUGCAGUAGUGUUUAACGCAUGUAAAUUAUACUAGAGUACUUAUAAAGGGACUUAUAAGUAGAAAUUAAAACUAAGAAAUUAUAGAAUUAGAGAUUUUAAGUAUAGGAGAUUUAUAUUAUAGCUUUUUCUUGUAUAAACGCAUUGUCGAAUUUGUAAAAAUUUAAUCUAGCUUAUGGGGAUUUGAAUACUUUUAAUAUUUUAGUCUCUGAGUUUUUUGAAGUAAAGCUUUUGCAUCCUUCUAUCAAUAAAAUAAUACCUUCUUAUUUAAAGAUGAUUUCUUAGACAGAUUUUUAGACUAAAGGAGUAUAUCUUUCUCCUUUGCUUGUAAAUGCAGUUUUUAAUAAAAAUUAUCAUCCAGUACAUAAUCCAUUUAAGUCUGAUGUUUUUACUUUAGGGGUAAUUCUUAUUGAGUGUUGCUUUUUGAACUUUUGUGAUGAAUUGUAUUGUUAUGAAAAUGGGGAGUUCAAUUUGGGAGUUUUAAAUGAUUAUCUUUUGAAAAUUAAGGCUAUUUAUGGAAACGAAGUAUUUUCGUUGAUAUAGAGAAUGACUGUUUAUGAAGAAAAUUAAAGGGAAGAUUUUAUUUAGUUAGCUCAGGCAUUCAAUGUUUAAAACUUUAUGAAUUAAAUACAUAUAUAAAUCUAAUUAAUGAUGGAUUAAAAUAGAGGUUUAAAUAUUAAUGGAGGGUAUUAAUUAUAAAUAUAAUAAUAAUAGUAGGGAAGAUUAGGAGUAAGUUUGUAUAAGAAUGGUUAGGAGGAAGAUGAAAGUGAGAUAGAUGAAGAAAAAAAUAGUUUUUUAAAUGAAAAUUAUAAAGAGUAGUAUACUUUUUAAAAUUUAGAUUAAAAUUAAAUUAGCACAGAAAAUUAAUUGUAUAAUCGUGAUAAAAAAUUUUAAAAUUCAAAUAAGUUAUUAAGUUAAAAUGAUAAAAUUAAUACUAAUUAAAUAAAACAUUGUAAUAUUAAAAAUAAUUAAAAUAUUUGUAAUAAUAUAAAUAAUACUAAUAGCAGUAAUUAUAAUAAUUAUGAAAAUACACAUGAAAUUUAUGAUGAUAAUUCAUAUUAUAUAGGCGAAAAAUUAGAUGGAUUAAGGCAUGGAAUAGGUAAAUUUUAUUACGCAGAUGGUGGAUAUUAUGAAGGUGUAUGGGUUAAAGGUAGAAUGGAAGGUAUGGGAACUUUAUAUUAUCCUUCAGGUGCUUUAGCUUAUAUGGGAUAAUGGAAAAAUGAUUAAUUUAAUGGAAAUGGAACUGUAUAUAAUGAAUAACCUGCUUAAAUAGAUGGAGAUUUUGAUAUUAGUAAUUUUGAUAAUUUAGGUGAGUUUUGGGAUAAAUAUGAAGGAGAUUUUAUAGAUGAUAAUAAAGAAGGUUAGGGAGUUAUUUAUUUGUCUAAUGGUGAUAGAUUUUAAGGCAAUUUUUAAAAUGAUUUUGUACAUGGAUAAGGGACUUUUUAUAAAGGAAAUUAG